CCGCAAUAUCUCCGAGCAGCCCGAGAAUUGCAGCCAGUCUAGUGGACGAAACCCCACUGGGAGAAUCGGAGCCUUUCCUAUCCUGUGCGGAGUAUCUUUUACUCCAAGGGAUUAGCCGCUCUAAAGCGGUAACUUGGUUGUACGUGGUGGUCUAUGGGAUGACAAGAGAUGGCGACAUGGCAGCCAGCAGCAGCCACGAGUUGUAUAAAUACAGCAAGAAAUCCGUAAUUUUUGUCAGUUGUUUCGAGAACUCCUCAGCUAGUCUUUUAGAAACCUACCUAUUUUUCUAAGAGUUUUUUAUCCACAGCACAUCCGCUUAUACUUCAUCAUGGCCCCUACACAUGGAACCCCAGUUGGCCUGGAGAUCCCCGUCAAGGACACUGCAAGAGGCGCUGCAUUUUAUUCUGCCGUCUUUGGGUGGCAGUUCAAGCCUUCCCACCUCGGCAUUCCCGAAGAUAAAAUACUCAUAUUUACUGUUCCCGACGGCGUAUUUCCUGCUGGCGGUGCCCUUCGUCAAGUAGAGGAUGCCGACAUUGCCACUGUUAAAGGGACUUCAAAGGUCUACUUUUAUGUCGAUGAUCUUGCUGCUGCCAUCGAGAAAAUUGUCAGUAACGGUGGCAAGAAGAUCUCUGAUCCUAUUCCUGAGGGUAGCACGGGCUUCUUCCAGUUCUUUGAAGAUUCCGAGGGCAACGGCCAUGGUCUAUACAAGUACAACUAGAGAUUUGAGAAAUGAUGGAGACAUGUGGCCCU